CCCUCCCGCCGGCGCGCCCGCUGCCAGCCCCGGGACCUUUUCAUCUCUUCCCUUUUGGCCGGAGGAGCCGAGUUCGGAUCCGCCACUCCGCACCCGAAACUGACACACUGAACUCCGUUUCCUCCUCCUAAAUUUAUUUCUGCCUAAUAGCCACUCGUCUCUUUUUUUUGCCCCCAUCUCGUCGCUCCAAGAAAACUUUUGCUGACUCCCCCAAGUGAAGCUUCCCCCUUGCCCGUCGUGUAUUAAUAUUUCCACUUGGGGAACGACUUGCCUUUUCUUUUUAAAGGAAUUCAAGCAAGAUAGCUUUUUCUCUCGGACAUUGACUCCCGAUUGUUUGCAAAAGUUUCGCAUUAAAAAAAAAAAUCUACCUGAUCUGUACUUUGAGAGUUGUUGGUUUCUUUUUAUUUUUCUUACUUUUUUACUUUUUUAAAAAAAAAAUUUUUCCACCUUAAAAAAAAAAAUGCACUACUGUGUGCUGAGCGCUUUUCUCCUCCUGCAUCUGGUCACGGUCGCGCUCAGCCUGUCUACCUGCAGCACGCUCGACAUGGACCAGUUCAUGCGCAAGAGGAUCGAGGCGAUCCGCGGACAGAUCCUGAGCAAGCUGAAACUCACCAGCCCCCCAGAAGACUACCCCGAACCCGAGGAGGUCCCCCCGGAGGUGAUUUCUAUCUACAACAGCACAAGGGACUUGCUCCAGGAGAAGGCGAGCCGGAGGGCGGCCGCCUGCGAGCGCGAGCGGAGCGACGAGGAGUACUACGCCAAGGAGGUUUACAAAAUAGACAUGCCGCCCUUCUUCCCCUCGGAAACUGUCUGCCCAGUUGUUACAACACCCUCUGGCUCAGUGGGCAGCUUGUGCUACAGACAGCCCCAGGUGCUCUGUGGGUACCUUGAUGCCAUCCCGCCCACUUUCUACAGACCCUACUUCAGAAUUGUCCGAUUUGACGUCUCCGCCAUGGAGAAGAAUGCUUCCAAUUUGGUGAAGGCAGAGUUCAGAGUCUUCCGUUUACAGAACCCGAAAGCCAGAGUGCCUGAACAACGGAUCGAACUGUAUCAGAUCCUCAAAUCCAAAGAUUUAACAUCUCCAACCCAGCGCUACAUCGACAGCAAAGUCGUGAAAACCAGAGCAGAAGGCGAAUGGCUCUCCUUCGAUGUCACUGAUGCUGUUCACGAAUGGCUCCACCAUAAAGACAGGAAUCUGGGAUUUAAAAUAAGUUUACACUGUCCCUGCUGCACCUUUGUACCAUCGAAUAAUUACAUCAUCCCCAACAAAAGUGAAGAACUAGAAGCUCGAUUUGCAGGUAUUGAUGGCACCUCCACAUAUACCAGUGGUGAUCAGAAAACAAUAAAGUCCACUAGGAAAAAAAACAGUGGGAAGACCCCACAUCUCCUGCUAAUGUUGUUACCCUCCUACAGACUUGAGUCACAACAGUCCAACCGGCGUAAGAAGCGUGCUUUGGAUGCAGCCUAUUGCUUUAGAAAUGUGCAGGAUAAUUGUUGCCUACGCCCACUUUACAUUGAUUUCAAGAGGGAUCUUGGGUGGAAAUGGAUACAUGAGCCUAAAGGGUACAAUGCCAACUUCUGUGCUGGAGCGUGCCCGUAUCUGUGGAGCUCAGACACUCAGCACAGUAGGGUUCUCAGCUUAUAUAAUACCAUAAAUCCAGAAGCAUCUGCUUCCCCUUGCUGCGUGUCCCAGGAUUUAGAACCGCUCACCAUUCUCUACUACAUCGGCAAAACACCCAAGAUUGAACAGCUUUCUAAUAUGAUCGUAAAGUCUUGCAAAUGCAGCUAAGAUUCUUGGAAAAGUGACAAGACGAUAAUCAAACAGUGAUGAUGAUGAUGAUGAUGAUGAUGAUGAUGAUGAUGACGAUGAUAGUGACAAAGGCAAUGUUUGUAACAAGAAAACAAGAGAGAGCCUUGCUUCAUCAGUGUUUAAAAAAAAUUUGAAAAAGCGGUACUAGUUCAAACACUUCGGAAGUUUGUGUUCUGUUUGUUAAAACUGGCAUCUGAAACAAACAAAAAAAAAGUUGAAGGCUUUAUUCUAUAUUUUACCUACUCUGUAAGUGAGAGAGACAAGAAGCAAAACCUUUUUUUCUUGAGAAAAAAAAUAAACACUGGAAGAAUUUGUUAGUGUUAAUUAUGUGAAAGAAAAAAAAAAAAAAAAACAGGAAAAUCCCGUUAAGUGGAGUUGCUGUACAUACGUUUUUAUCCCAUGCCUCACUUGAUUUUUCUGUAUUGCUAUGCAAUAGGCAUCCUUCCCAUUCUUACUCUUAGAGUUAACAGUGAGUUAUUUAUUGUGUGUUACUAUAUAAUGAACAUUUCAUUGCCCUUGGAAAAUAAAACAGGUGUAUAAAGUGGAGACCAAAUACUUUGCCAGAAACUCAUGGAUGGCUUAAGGAACUUGAACUCAAACGAGCCAGCAAAAAAAAGAGGUCAUAUUAACGGGAUGAAAAAUGCAAGUGACAUAUUAUAUGACCGAGCAAGUCUGCAUGAAGAAAAGACCCUGCAAACACAUGCUCUCUACCAACUGCCGGAGGAAGCUUCUUGUAAGGUUCAGAACUGAAAAGCCUGUUAAUAAAGGAAACUUCCGGUCAG